GUUAAGAGAAGUUAAUUUAUACAAGUUACGUACUACUUUUUAGGUAGCUUAGUCUGGAGUAUUAUUAACGAUCUAAUACUCGAAUCCUUAUCUCUCUCUCGACCCGUCGACUUUGAUUGGAGGGUCCAAGUUCCUCCAACACUGCUCGUCUUUUCAUCUGCUCGUUCUCUCACAGCCAAUUUCUAUUCUUUUCAUCUUCUUUUGCGUGUUAACAGGCAGAAGAUUGCGCAGGAUGGGUGGAAGUGCGAUAGAUGAUGAUUGGGAGCUGGCUUCCCCGUCCAAUGGGGUUCGGACUGUGGUUUUGGUUGGGCGGACUGGAAAUGGCAAAAGUGCGACUGGCAAUAGUAUACUCGGAAGAAAGGCCUUCAAGUCCAGGGCCAGCUCAUCUGGCGUUACUAAUACUUGUGAAUUACAGACAGCUGUGCUGAGGGAUGGCCAAGUGGUGAAUGUCAUUGAUACUCCAGGAUUGUUUGAUUCUUCUGUGGAAUCUGAGUUUGUUGGCAAAGAAAUAGUCAGAUGUAUCAACUUGGCGAAGGAUGGAAUCCAUGCAGUCCUAGUGGUUUUCUCUGUUAGAACACGCUUUUCAAAAGAAGAAGAAGCUGCACUUCGUAGCUUGCAGAUGUUGUUUGGGAAUAAAAUUGUUAACUACAUGAUUGUUGUUUUUACUGGUGGGGAUGAACUUGAAGAAAAUGAUGAAACAUUGGAAGAUUAUUUGGGUCGAGAGUGUCCUGACUCUCUAAAGGAAAUUCUACGCCUGUGUGAAAAUCGACGGAUACUCUUUGAUAACAAAACCAAGGAUGAACUUAAGAAUGCUGACCAAGUGCUGCAGCUUUCCUCCCUUGUUAACAGGGUCCUCACACAGAAUGGUGGACAACCAUACACCGAUGAGUUUUUUGCUGAAGUGAAAAAAGGGGCUAUGAGGUUGCGUGAUCAGACAGAAGAGGUUGAUUCCUUGAAGGGGUACUCUAAACGAGAAAUUUCUGAAUUAAAGGAGCAGAUGCAAAUUGCAUAUGAAGGGCAACUCAAACGAAUAACUGAGAUGGUUGAAUUGAAGCUGAGGGAGACAACUUGGCGACUGGAGCAGCAAUUGGCUGAAGAGCAAGCUGCGCGGUUAGAGGCUGAAAAGAUUGCCCAAGCAGCUCAAAUGAGAUCAGAGAAUGAAAUUCGCAAGCUUAGAGAAAAUUUGGAGAAAGCACAGAGGGAGACCGAGGAGCUCCGUAAGCAAGCUGAAAGUGGCCGGUGUGCCAUUUUGUGAUGAAAAUUGCACACACCAACAAUAUAGAACUUUAAUUUUCUGGCUCUGUCGAUUGCUGUUAUUGCAAUACAAUUGUUACUUACUAUCAUGAUUAUAACUCCGCGUGUAAAUAUCGAUGUUGCUGAGGCGUUUAACUUUAAAGAGCUAUGGAGACCUGCACUUUCCUAUUUACCUUUCAA